CUCAAUAAUGUAAUGGGCCGCCCACGUGACUCCAGGAAGGCGGAGACAGGCGAGCUGGAGAGAAGACUGACAGGCUGCCUGGAGAGAGGUGAGGAGGGGGUCGAACUGAAUAAUUGAGGAGCUGUUCAGCAGCUGCGGCUACCUCCUGCCUUCCUUUGCCACCGCCACUCCGCAUCACAGUGGGAGAGACAGACUCUGGCGCUGUAAGUGCAGACGACUAGCCACCAGUCCCCGCAGCCUGUUAAUCGCCUCCAGCCCUCUGACAUUCAUGCCCAGGAGAAGGCGGCUUUGGGUCCCUCUGGACCUUUCCUAAAAAGGAGAUCCCUACUCACUAGAUGAGUUCCAGAAGCACCCACUAAGGCUCCCAUAGAACCUCUUUCAUCAGUUGGCCUUCACCGAGACCCUAUCACACAGGAUGAGUGGCUUCCUUGCCUCCCUGGACCCCCGGCGGGUGCAGUGGGGGGCUGCCUGGUAUGCCAUGCACUCCAGGAUCUUGCGCACCAAACCAGUGGAGUCCAUGCUGGAGGGAACUGGGGCCACCACAGCUCAUGGCACCAAGCUAGCUCAGGUGCUCACCACCAUGGACCUCAUCUCACUUGGCGUUGGCAGCUGCGUGGGCACGGGGAUGUACGUGGUAUCUGGUCUGGUGGCUAAGGAAAUGGCAGGACCCGGUGUCAUUGUGUCCUUCAUCAUUGCAGCCGUUGCAUCCAUAUUAUCAGGCGUCUGCUAUGCAGAGUUCGGAGUCCGCGUCCCCAAGACCACUGGGUCAGCCUACACCUACAGUUACGUCACCGUCGGGGAAUUUGUGGCGUUUUUCAUUGGCUGGAACCUGAUCCUGGAGUACCUGAUUGGCACUGCGGCUGGCGCCAGCGCUCUGAGCAGCAUGUUCGACUCGUUAGCAAACCACACCAUCAGCCGCUGGAUGGUGGACAGCGUGGGAACUCUCAAUGGCCUGGGGAAAGGGGAAGAAUCAUACCCUGACCUUCUGGCUCUAGUGAUUGCAAUCAUCGUCACCAUCAUUGUUGCACUGGGGGUGAAGAAUUCCGUGGGCUUCAACAACGUCCUCAAUGUGCUGAACCUGGCAGUGUGGGUGUUCAUCAUGAUCGCAGGCCUCUUCUUCAUCAAUGGGAAGUACUGGGCUGAGGGCCAGUUCUUGCCCCAUGGCUGGUCAGGGGUGCUGCAAGGAGCAGCCACGUGUUUCUAUGCUUUCAUCGGCUUUGACAUCAUCGCCACCACUGGAGAGGAAGCCAAGAAUCCAAACACGUCCAUCCCUUAUGCUAUCACCGCCUCCCUGGUCAUCUGCCUGACAGCAUAUGUUUCUGUGAGCAUGAUCUUAACUCUGAUGGUGCCAUACAGUGCCAUCGACACGGAAUCCCCGCUCAUGGAGAUGUUUGUGGCCCAUGGGUUCUAUGCUGCAAAAUUCGUAGUGGCCAUUGGGUCAGUUGCAGGACUGACAGUCAGCUUGCUGGGCUCCCUCUUCCCAAUGCCAAGGGUCAUUUAUGCCAUGGCUGGUGAUGGGCUCCUUUUCAGGUUCCUGGCUCACGUGAGCUCCUACACAGAGACGCCAGUGGUGGCCUGCAUUGUGUCGGGGUUCCUGGCAGCUCUCCUCUCACUAUUAGUCAGCCUGAGAGACCUAAUAGAGAUGAUGUCCAUUGGCACACUCCUUGCCUACACCUUGGUUUCUGUCUGCGUCUUGCUCCUUCGAUACCAACCAGAGAGUGACAUUGACGGUUUUGUCAAGUUCUUGUCCCAGGAGCACACAAAGAAGAAGGAAGGCAUCCUGGCUGACUGUGACAAGGAAGUUUGUUCUCCUGUGAGUGAAGGGGAAGAGUUUUCUGGCCCAGCCACCAACACAUGUGGGGCCAAGAACCUACCAUCUCUGGGAGACAACGAGAUGCUCAUAGGCAAAUCCGAUAAGUCAACCUACAGUGUGAACCACCCCAACUAUGGCACUGUGGACAUGACCACAGGCAUAGAAGCUGACGAAUCCGAAAACAUUUAUCUCAUCAAACUAAAGAAGCUGAUUGGGCCCCGUUACUACACCAUGAGGAUCCGGCUGGGCCUUCCAGGCAAGAUGGAUCGGCCCACGGCAGCUACAGGGCACACGGUGACCAUCUGCGUGCUGCUGCUCUUCAUCCUCAUGUUCAUCUUCUGCUCCUUCAUCAUCUUUGGUUCCGACUACAUCUCAGAGCAGAGCUGGUGGGCCAUCCUUCUGGUUGUUCUGAUGGUGCUGCUGAUCAGCGCCCUGGUGUUUGUGAUCCUGCAGCAGCCAGAGAACCCCAAAAAGCUGCCCUAUAUGGCCCCCUGCCUCCCCUUCGUGCCUGCCUUUGCCAUGCUGGUGAACAUUUAUCUCAUGCUAAAGCUCUCUACCAUCACAUGGAUCCGGUUUGCAGUCUGGUGCUUUGUGGGUAUGCUCAUUUACUUCGGGUACGGCAUCUGGAACAGCACCCUGGAAAUCAGCGCGCGCGAAGAAGCCCUGCACCAGAGCACAUACCAGCGCUACGACGUGGACGACCCCUUCUCGGUGGAGGAGGGCUUCUCCUACGCCACGGAAGGCGAGAGCCAGGAGAACUGGGGCGGGCCGGCCGAAGACAAAGGCUUCUAUUACCAGCAGAUGUCAGAUGCCAAGGCCAACACCCGGACAAGUAGCAAAGCGAAGAGCAAAAGCAAACACAAACAGAACUCAGAGGCCCUGAUUGCAAAUGAUGAGUUAGAUUACUCUCCCGAGUAGGAGUAAACACACAAGAAACGUGUAGAAACGGUGGUGAUUCCUUUUCAGUAACUUAAACCGUGGGCUAGAGGAUGAAAA